GAAUAAUUUUUCGUAGAAUAGUUUUUGCUAGAAACAUGUAACAUCUAUGAAUCAUCGUGUAUAUCGUUGUCUACUUACGUUUCUUGUUAUUAUGCACCUAUCGACCUUCUAUUAUUUAUUCGUCUACUUUAAUUGUACUCCUCACAAUGACUUAUCACAAUGACUGGAAAGUGUAUCGUAUUAUCUUUCUGACAUAAAGUAGCAACAUUCUCUUAUUAUUAAAAUUUAACUGAUAUUGUAUCGAAUUGGUAGGGUAACACUCAUCGAGUUUUACUGUCGCAUUAACAAAGAACGUGCAUACUAAUCUUUCUCGUAUACUUUCCGAUUUUAUCGUUAUCGUCACGCGAUAUUAGAAUGUCUUGUAUUUAAUUGCUUAUAUAUACAAGAUCGAACAUUACAGCAUGAAAGUAUUUUUAUCCGUCUACGAUAAAAAAAAUUCGUAAUUAAAAAGAAUGAAUAAUUUAUAGUAUAUAUAAAUGUAUCGAGAAGUAUUAUAUUGUACUAUAAAAAAUGCAUUAGAGAAUGAGCUCGGCGAUUACGAUUAAAACGAUAGGAAACCAAAGGAGAGAUUUUCCAGAAUCUUCUAACGACGGAUUUGAUUUCUAAUUAGUUCAGGUUAUGUUGCUCGUUCGGUGCUCACGUUACAAAGUUCACGUUAUACGAAGUUACUUAUAUGUGUAUAAUACACAACGACGAAAAUUAAUCUUUCAUCUACGUUUUAUGAGUUUAUUAGGUCGAUUUCGUAGAAAUGACGACAGACGAUUAGGUAUGACCGAAUGUAAAUCAAGUUUAAUAACGGCCCAGAAUUGGGGAUCGAUUAAUGGACGAGUCAUAGAACAAUAUACGUUAAAAAAUGAAGCUGGUCAAGAAGUGGAUAUCAUCACGUACGGUGCAACGAUAACUAAUAUUAGAAUACCAGAUAAACAUGGCAAUGUAGACGACAUACUUCUUGGCUUCGACAAUAUCUCUGGUUAUCUAUCUUCCGAUAAUCCGUAUUUCGGUGCAACAGUUGGUCGAGUCGCAAAUCGUAUCGCGAAGGGACGUUUCGUUAUAGAUGGUAAAAAAUAUCAAGUAUCACGAAAUAUCGGCGAGAAUAGUCUUCAUGGAGGUACGAAAGGUUGGAGUUUCAAAGUAUGGAAUGCUACGAUCGAGAAUGGUUCUGUCGUGAUGACCUUGUUAAGCGAGGACGGAGACGAAGGUUUCCCUGGCGCCGUAAUCGCAUCAGCAACGUUUAGAUUAUCGAACGAUGGAGAAUUGUGCAUUGAAAUGAAAACUUUUACUAGUAAACCUACUCCCAUCAAUUUAACUAAUCAUGCGUAUUUCAAUCUCGCCGGUCAUGGAACUAAUGCAGAAGAAUUGUACAAGCAUCGAAUCGUUCUCAAUGCUGAUCGUUGGACCGUUACGGAUUCAGACAGUAUUCCUACUGGAGAGAUCAGGUCUGUUAAGGACAGCAUUAUGGAUCUUAGAAAACCGACGGUACUUGGUGAUGUCAUCGAUAAAGUACCUGGCGGCGGAUAUGAUUACAAUUUUUGUUUACCCGACAAAAGCAGUAAAGUCAAUGAAAAUCGAUUCGUUGCGGAAGUCGAACACGUAGGUUCAGGUAGAUAUAUGACGGUCCACUCGAAUCAACCAGGUGUCCAAUUGUAUACAGCUAAUUUUCUACCUGCUACUAAUACCACUGGUAUACUUGGCAAAGAUGGAAAACAUUAUUUCCGACACGGUGCUCUUUGUUUGGAAACACAAAACUAUCCUGACGCUGUUAAUCACGCAAACUUUCCAAAUAGUAUUCUGAGACCAGGACAAUUAUAUCUGCAUACUGUCUGCUACAAGUUCGGAGUUAAGAAGUAAAAGAAUUUUAAUUAUCUAUGAGAAGUAAAUAGAAGGUAUAAAUAAAUAAUAUCAAUACUGCA